AGUUGUACGCAAAAUUCGACAAUAUUUUUUUUAUUUUGAAUUUAUGACCGGAAACGUCAUGAACCAGUUCGUGUAGAGUGUGGAGGGUGAACUGCCAGCUGUGACUGACCACAUGCAGAGUGCCUUAGUUCAACACUCACAUUAAUAAACACGUCAUUGCCACUCGAAGUGAAGAAGCGUAACUUGUUUGCUCUUCCUGGUAUAAUAUUAUAAAAGAGGAAAAUUGUCGCCACACGAUGAACAGAGGAGGAGAUAGAUGCGUAAAGAGUGCGCCCCGGAGCCAGAAGACAACUAAUAAGGUGUCCCGACAGGUAACCGUCCUGAAAAAGAAGAAAGAGUCCACGUCUAAAGACAGCCUAAGCGGUAGUGAGCCAAGUGGAUCAUCGGCAAGUCAUGUUGACUCGGUGAAGUCAAUGACAAAAUGUCCAGGCAGCGCCGUCACACCAUGUGGAAAAGGAAGCCCCGGUGCCGGGAGGAAACUCUCCGACGCGAGCAACACCUCCGAGGACCUGAGCAAAGACUCCGGCUACUUGUCGGGGAAACCCUCCUCCGACAGCAGCUCGGAAAUAUCCGAUUGGACGUGGGAGGGCUACAAGCGCGACUGUCCCGUCAGCGACGAGGAAUUAAGCUCGACUGACGGGGGAUUUUACAAGGGACCGGUCAGUAGAGUCAAAGACGACGGCAAAGGGCGCGUUCAAGCUGCGGGGACCGCCAACUCUCCUACGCUGGAUGCUGCCGGAGGAGCACUCACUUUGUGGAAGUCCACGGGGGCAUUUAUGGAUCUCAUCAUGGCGGAGACCACCGAUGACCUGGUCAGGGAGGUGGAAGAUGUAAGGUCAGAGAAUGAGUAUUUGAGGGAUGAGGUGGAGGAGCUGCGCUGCGAGAUGUUGGAGAUGCGCGACAUGUUCCAGGAGGAGGAGACGCGCCAGCUACAGGAUCUGCGCCAGCAACUGGAUCAGGCCAACAAGACUUGUCGCAUCCUCCAGUACCGUCUCCGUAAGGCUGAGCGGCGCAGCAUCAGAGUGGCCCAGACGGGGCAGGUGGAUGGGGAGCUGGUCAGGAAUCUUGAACAUGAUAUUAAAGUUGCAAAGAGCGUGUCCUUGCGAUUGUACAAUGAGCUAGAGGUUGUGCAGAAGAAGAAUGGCCAGUUGGAAUGGGAGAACGAGAUGCUUCGCGAGAGGACACAGGAACUGGAGGUGGCCAAGCAUGUCUUUCAGGCUGAGUUGGAGAAAGUCAGAGAGAGUUUUAUAAAGAAGCGAAGUGCCAGAUCAACAGCCGGUAAAACCGAGCGGAGGCUUUCUCAACAGAUUGAGGAUGACAACGAUGUCAGGUGCCAGCUCCACUUUGCCAAAGAAGAAUUGGCUCUCAUGUGCAAGAAGCUCACAAAGUUGGUGUCAGAGAAUGAGGUCAUGCACGAGCAGCUGCUCAGGUACCGCUCAGCUUACGGGGAUGUGGACGCCUCCCAGUUGCCUGAGGAGAAACAAAAAUCCCCCUAUGCCAGGGAGGCGGAGGUCAAAGUUCACUUAAAACUGGUGGAAGAGGAAGCCAUGCUCCUGAGCCGACGCAUUGUCGAGCUGGAGGUGGAGAACCGUGGGCUGCGAGCGGAAAUGAACGACUUAACAGAGAGAGAUGGUGGAAGAGCAACGGAGGAGGAGGACAUGAAGAAUGUUUUUGAUGAACGUCUAUCACCUUCCACUUUGAGGAAGAACCGAAAGGAAAGAGGUCAGAGUUCAAAAAUGGCAAGUGCUGCACAUGAUGAAAAGACUGCAGUUGAAACAACAUCAGUGUGGAGCCAAGCACAGACUGAAGAGCAGCCCCUUUCCUGUCACAUCACAAGAGAAGGACCUGUUGGGGGAGAGUGGGACCCGUUGGAGAGCGUUGCCAACAAGCCACCCGACGGCAGCCUGACAGUGAUGCCUGCCGCAGAUUACACAACUCUUGCUGCUCUCCGGGAUCAUUCCUGCAUUUUGAGUUCUGCUAUCCAGCUCAUGAAAACUCAACCCCAAAAUGGCCCUAGCUCACCGCUGUCGUUAGUCUUCCCGGGGCCUUUGAGUGAGGCACUGGAGAUUCUGCAGGCCAUGCUGCAGGCUUUCAUUGUGAGGAUGGAGGCGUGUCUGAAUGGUCAAAAUUGCCCUCAGCAGGACGUUUGGGAUUCCUACUUGUUCCCCUCUACUAGUGGAGAUUGUGCCGUUAAUCUAGUCGUUGAAGAGAGAAAGCAGGAAUGUAAUCAAGUUCUCCAGUUUGAUGAGGAGGAGCGAGCAAAACAAAUAACGCAAACUUUGCCCCUGAAAUGGGACCUUAAAAUGCAAGUAGCCAUCAAAAUUCUGUGGAUCCUCCAUCAUUGGUGUCAAGAAUCGGUACAAGAAUCAAAAGAGGCAAAGGCCAAACGUGUGACCGUGUUGCAAGGAUUGUUACAAAGCAUCGGCGCUGACCUCCAGGAGGAAGCACUCGAAGACCAGUUCGGUGUCCAGAACAAGGAAGCUGAGCGUGCUGCCUGUGGUGUCGUCACUGACGGAGGAAACUCUGAUCACGACAGAACAUACAGCUCCAUAAGGCAGAAACUUAAGCGGCAGCUUUCUCCACACGCUUACAAGAGGAAAAACUGGUGUUAUUUAAGCCUGAAAGCCUCUCUGCUGGACCAAGAGCAGCCUGUUAAGACGUGGGACCAUCUCAUCAUGCCGCUUAGCUUCCCUGACCUCGACUUUGAGCAGAUGUUCAUGUCGAGAAGCCACACUGCACCAGACAAAUCAUCUCUGCGCAUUUACUACAGUCCCCCAUCCAAGCGUCGAGUACAGCUAGCUCAGCUCAAACAAAGCCCCGAAAAUGACAGAGAAUCUGUAGACACGCAGUCUCCAUGGUGCACGCCGCCGACUUCCUUCUCAACCCCUUGCGGGGGCUCUUCAGCCAACCUGAGCGAUGACAUGAAGGAGAUGGCGGCCAGCUGGAGGCAGGUGGCUUAUGGUGGCGCAAAGGUGAACAGAGCAAGAUCAGCGACCCGGGGGGUGGACAUGGCCUGCUCUGGCACGCAGACUCACUUGAGGCCGCUGAUGGUGAGUGUCGGCAUGCAGACGGAAGGACCCCAGGUGAGAAACAGCCCUUCUCGGGCAGCAGACUCUUCUCUGGUGUCAUCCCGCUCUCGCUGUGUCUCCACUUCACUGGACAGACUGACAAGUAGAUCAGAGAGGUCCAGGCUUUCUACCUCAUCCCCUAAAUUGUAUCGAAGUCAAUCAGCAUCUGGUGCCUCGUCUAAUACUCGCAGUCGAACGCUGUGGAAUCAUCAAAGCCACUCUGGCCAACUGAGUCACAGAUCUGCAGCAGGACAGAAUCUUAGUCCUCUUCUUAAUGACCGACCAGACCACAGUCUCAAGCCCCCCAACAAAUCCGCGGGUGGUCUGGUCACUGAGUUUCUUCGCCGAGUGAGCGGUCGAGCAGAAAGACCGGUACCUGGCUCGGUCCAGAAGAUGAAGAGCAGCCCUGAGCGCAUUCCCGUGAGGGCUACUGCAUCCUUGUUGCCGAGGAGCGACAGUGUGACCGGGAUCGUCAACCACAGAUUCAUGAGGCAGAGAGAGGAUCUCAGUCCAGCCCAAAUGGAGGAGAAACGGGCGAAUGGGGGUAAGAGAGCCACGUAUGGCCUGAGAUCCUCCAUGGCGGAGGAUGGAAACUAUGACUGCAGUUCCAGCAAUACCCUGACCUUCUGCUUCACUCGUCCGUUUCGAUCCACACAGAGGCAAACGUCCAACCAAAUCAAAGCCACAAGAUGCCAAACUGCAAAGUCUAACUGUGAGUGAAGGCCAAUUAGAGCCUUAGAGGACACAAAGUUGUUGAAAUAUUUUGAAUAAGGUGGACUGCAUUAGAUGAUGCAAUUCAUUAUUUUUUCUCCUACUGAUUACGUUUCGUUGACAGUGGGCCUCAUUCAUGGCCUAAUGCAUAGAAAUGGGCUGUCUUUGCGCACAAUUUUAAUGUAUAAAGAUAAUAGAACAUCUGUGUAAUGUAUCGAAAAAAGUGGUGGUUUGACAUUGCAAGAGAUGGGCAAAGAAAUGAAAGAAGACAUUUUACAUUUGAGGAAAUUGUGCUCAUUAUGAUUUUUAUCGUAUAUUUCGGAAAUUUGAAUAAGUUGUGCUUCAUGAGUAGUUGUUUUUCAUGUUUUUUCUAAAACUGAUUAGUUUGUACAAAUUGUGGUCUGAGGAGAUUAUAAAUGUGUUCACGGGUUCAUUUAAUUAGACAUAGAUUUAAGAACUUGAAUUUGAAUUUUGUGUCCAACAUUCGAACGUUUCAUUUAAAAACAAAUUUGUCGAUGUACUUUUUGUUUGAGGCCCAAUGAGUCAGAAUGAUUUGAUAAGUAAUCAUUUCAACAUUUUAAUACCUAUAAUAAAAAAAAUAUAAAUCAGAAAGGUGCAUCAAUGCAACUUUUUUUCCCCAUCAAAACCAAGCGCAAAUGAACCCAAUAUCAAUUCUGAGGUCAAGACAAAGUAAGAAUGAGGCAUUGCGUAGUAAAGCAUGUUUUUUGAACAUGAUUGAUAAAAUAAAGUGAAUGUCUACCUUUGGACCCUCAUAUUCUUUGUCUGGAGAUCAUUUUCUUUUGAUUGUUGACGUGCUCCAAGAGGACGCCAUACAGCAAUUUUAUUUGAAUUAUUUAAAAGGGGUAAGAUUGCAUUGACUGCUGCUGCUGAUUAACAUGUUGACAUUGUGUUAGGGGUGCGUGGGAAGGAGGGGAUCCCAGAACAGACAAACUAGGGUUGCGACAAGUGAUAUAUGUCAGUGUCCAAAGGAGGGAGUACAAGACAGGCGUAGAUCGCUCUGCUCGGGAUAGCUGGGCCGGCAUGAGACGAGGAAGCUUGGAAGAAGGCGGGCAUGGAAUCCGACAAGGGGCGCACAUAAAACAGGUCCUGGGGCAAGAGCAAAAACGAAUCGUGAGCCGGUAAUCAGAGAGAAGUAUCAAACGAAUGCGAAAAACAACUGACGGUGGACCCAAACAAGUUGAUCUGUCGAUGAAGUGGUGACACCCACUGACUUUUAAGGAUGGUUGAUUGGCUUUGCCAGCACAUGUGGCCGUUCCACCUGUCUGUCGUCCAACCUGCAACCAAUAAAAAAACGCACACCUGCUGGAGGUGGGCCAGGUCUCAGGAGGGAGUGACAAAGGCCCUAACACAUUGACAGAGAUAUUUGAAGAAGUUGUCACUCCAAUUGCAAAUACAAUAUUCCUUUGCUAAAUUGUCACUACAGUUUUAAAUAUUCCUCUGCUUCUAUCUACCUCUUUGUUUUCUGCUGACAUUCAUCAAAAAACAGUGAACUCAUCAAAUGAUACUUCAAAUGCUUCAAUAAGGUUUAACCAGCAGUGUCCUGUGAAGUAUUUUAAUUUGAUGGUGUUUGAUCUUAACUUGAGAUACAAAAAGUGCACUACUGAUUGACACUGUGAUUUUGUUUGUAUUUUUGUUUUCGUAGAGAAGUGAAGACUUGUUUUGUUGAAUAAACUUCUGAUCAAAUGUGAUAUUUGAAUUGUAUAUGCUUGACAAUCACCAGCUUACUUUCCACGAGUUUGUUGUGUGACGUUAAAUAAAGAAAAAUGUACUCA